AUUGGUGGCUCGUGGUGGUGAAAGCCCUCUCUGUACUGAAGACCAACAGCGCUUUAUUGAAGUCGGUCGGGCGUUGAUCGGAGUAACUGAAUGCUGUUGGGAUUUAAUUCGGAUUUAUUGUCUCUGUUUCAGAAACGACUCGGAUUCGAUUUAAUGGAUACAAUGUUUCAGAAUGCAACUUUCAAGCGGCACAGUGAGUAAAUCACUGCGAAUCGGAAUCGAAUCAGUGCAAAGUGAUUGAUUCGAAUUCAAAUUCGAUUUAAAAUUAGCGAUUUUAUGCCAACAAUUCGGUUGUCCGCAUUAUCAUAAUCAUCGUUAUCAUCAUUAUCAUGCGCGCUCGUUGUUGAUUCCUCUGCGAGUUGGGCUCCGGUUCUGGAGCGCGCGCCGGUUUUAGCGGGGUCCCGCUGCGCGAGCGCCCCGGUAUGCGGUGCCUCCGCUCCGCCGCGCGCCUCCUGCUCCUCGCGCUCUUCGCCGCCGCGCGCUGCUGCUGGUGCGCCCCGUUCGCGGAGUGCGCGCAGAGCCGGGGCCGCGCGGGGCAGUACCGCGGCUCCAUCGCCGUGACCGAGUCCGGCGCGAGCUGCAUGAACUGGACGGAGGUUAGCGGCGUGUCCUCGCGCUACCCGGGAAAAGGGCUCGGGCACCACAACCACUGCCGGAACCCGGACCGCCGCAUCCGGCCCUGGUGCUUCUUCAGAACCGGCCGGGGGCGCAUCGACUGGGGCUACUGCGACUGCAAACAAGGCUCGGUGCGGCUACAAGGUGGCAGGUCUAAACUGGACGGAACCGUGGAGGUGUAUUUAAAUGGCGUGUGGGGAACCAUCUGUAGCAACGACUGGGACGACAAAGAUGCUACUGUGGUGUGUCGUCAGCUCGGUCAAGGGUAUAAGGCUCGGGCCCGUGUUAGCUCCCUGGUCAGGAUGCCAUUGUCUGUAGUGCACUGGAGGACAGUAGGGUGCAGUGGAGAGGAAGGGGACUUGCUGCAGUGUCCUCACUCGGUUUGGAACGGAGGAGAGUGUGCUAACAGACAGGCUGCUGCCGUGACCUGCACACCAGUGGAGGCUGCAGUGUUUAUUCCGGUGCGUCUCUCUGGUGGACAGUCGGUGUAUGAAGGUCGCGUGGAAGUGUAUCAUGCAGGACAGUGGGGCACAGUGUGUGAUGAUCAGUGGGACGACAACGACGCUGAGGUGGUCUGCAGACAACUUGGACUGGGUGGUACAGCUCGAGCGUGGGCGAGGGCGUAUUUUGGUUCUGGUGUUGGUCGUGUGCUCCUGGAUGAAGUGAGCUGUACUGGGAAUGAACUCUCUAUAGAACAGUGUUCCAAAUCACCCUGGGGGGAACACAACUGCGACCACACGGAGGACGCUGGCGUGUCCUGCACACCUCUUACAGAUGGUUCACUGCGAUUGGUGGGCGGAGCCGCUGGCUUUGAGGGCCGGCUGGAGGUUCACUACAGAGGCCAGUGGGGCACAGUUUGUAACGACGGCUGGUCAACCACCAACACACAAGUUGUGUGUAGACAACUAGGAUACAGAUCUGGACAGAGUGUGAGUCCGGAUAUGUUUGGAGCUUCGUCGGGUCCGAUUCUGCUGGAUGACGUGAUCUGUACGGGGAAGGAGCCGUCGCUCACACACUGCAGCAGAUCAGACUGGCUCAGACACGACUGCCCACACUCCAACAACGUAGCUGUAGCCUGCAGCCCCCAGCGCACCGGACACGGAGUCCCCACAAGUCUUCCGGUGCGGCUGGUGGGCGGGGAGAACGAGAGAGAGGGGCGGGUUGAGAUCUCGGUCGGUGGCCAAUGGGGGACCGUCUGCGACGAUGGCUGGACAGACCAGGAUGCAGAGGUGGUGUGCAGACAGCUGGGCUUCAGUGGCCUGGCCAAAGCUCGGGUUAUGGCGUAUUUCGGAGAAGGGGAGGGGCCUAUUCACGUGGAUAACGUGAAAUGCACGGGUGGCGAGCGCUCACUGGCCGACUGCAUCAAGCAACCAUUCGGAACCCAUAACUGUCGCCAUAGUGAGGACGCGGGGGUCAUCUGUAACUACGGGCAACAGGACAACCUCGCUGGGGUCAAAGAUGCAGUAAGCUCUGUGUGUGGUCUGAAGCCUACACACACCCGUCAGAAGAGGAUCAUUGGUGGGGAAAACUCUCUACGGGGGGGUUGGCCAUGGCAGGCUGCAGUACGACUACGCGGAUCUCAGGCGGAUGGCCGGUUGGUGUGUGGAGCCACUCUGAUUAACAGCUGCUGGGUCCUAACAUCCGCACACUGCUUUAAGAGAUAUGGUAACAGUACCAGGAUGUAUAAGGUGCGUGUUGGGGACUACCACACCCUGGUUCCAGAAGAAAAUGAAGAAGAGUAUGGCGUUGACAGAAUCAUCAUACACCCUCACUACAGUGCACAGAGCAACGACUAUGAUCUGGCUCUGGUGCAUUUGAUUCGGCACGGAGGUCCCGAAGGUCGUGGUGGAGAUUGUGUUCGGCAGAGUCGCUCUGUCCUUCCUGUAUGUUUGCCUGGGAGGAGAGAGAGAGUACCCAAAGGCUCGGCCAACUGCUUCAUCACUGGCUGGGGAGACACAGGUCGGGCGUACUCUAAAACGCUGCAGCAGGCGGAGGUCCGGGUUCUGAGUAAGCGUCAGUGCGAGCGGCGCUACGCCGGUCACUUCACCAGCCGCAUGCUGUGCGCCGGCGCGGCCCUCGACGACCGGCGGGUGGACAGUUGCCGCGGCGACAGCGGGGGUCCGCUGGUGUGCGAGCGGGGGGGCGGGGGCUGGGUGUUGUACGGGAUCACCUCGUGGGGUCACUCGUGUCGACUGCAGGACGCGCCAGGGGUCUACACUAAAGUCUCCGCCUUCCUGCCCUGGAUCAGGAAGAUCACCAGCCAGGAGUGAAGAGUGAACGGCCAAUCAGAGGCUUUCUUUCUUCUGCAGAACACAUCAGUGUGGAGUCUUUUUUUCCAGAUCAGUGAAAAUAUUCAUACAUUUUCACAAGUAUGAACUUUUAAAACAAGACUCAGAUGAAGGAAGUUGUGAAAAAUUGGUGCUGACGACAAUGUAAUUACUAGAGGGCUUUCCUAGGUGGCGCUAGGAUCUUAAUUAAACAAUAAGUUUAGUUAAAAUAUAUAAAUACAGUAUGCCUGUCACAAUAAUUAGACCAUUAGUAUUCGAUUUACAGGAACGAGCACAUCGUGUCCCAUGACUUUUGGCAUGUCCUGUGCAAGUCCACUGGUCGGUGUUCAACCUCACUCACAAGAUAACAACUCACAACUUAAAACAGGGCUUGAAAAUGUCCGAAUCCCGUAGAAUUUUCUAUAUUUCUGCAUAAAUUUGAUGUAAAACUUCAGCAUCAUAUUUUUAAACCCUGAAAGUAAAUAAUGUAAACAAAAUAAAAAAUUGCUUAAUAAUUUAUUGAUGAAAAUGAUUGAUAAAUAUUGCAUAUAUGUUUCAGCUUCCGACAACAAGGCUAAUGACCGCAUUCCAAAACUGUAACUUUAUUCGUCUUUUACCAUUAUUUGUAAAAAAAACACAUGCAGUAGUUUGUGCUUAAGGUCAUUGUCUUGUUGGGUGACCCAAGCUCUCUAAAGAUUUAGCUUACAGACAGACUUAAUCUAAACUACUAAAUCAAUUCAGAAUUUAUUGUAUUAGAAAGGAUGGCAAACCUUCCUGGCUUAGAAGACAGAUUUGUGAUGCAACCACCACCACGUUUCACAGAUGGGAUAAGGAUUUUUUUUACUGGAAUGCAUCCAAAUCUUUUCUUUCUCUAAACAUAAAUCAUAUAUCUAAUUUAUCCUAUUUUAACCAAAAAUAUCGAAUUCAGUGUUUUCCUAUUAGUGAACUCAUGAGCUUUAAAAUUAGCAAAUUAGAUAAAUGUGGGCCUUUAGUUGCUUAGAAGUUACAUUGGGUUUUAUUGGAGCUUGUAGACAAUUACACAGCUUGUUUUUGGUACAAUCUUUGUUUGUGGACACUUCUAGUGAGGGUAAUUAUCUUAGAUUAUCUUGAAUUUAAUUUAAUCCAAAUUGUUUUUUUAAUCACAAUCUUUUUUUAAAGUUAAAACUUAAGUUAAAAAAAAAAACUCUUUGCUAAUGUUUUAGUUUUUUUAGGACUGUGUGAAAAUCUGAUAAAUCUAAAAAAGUUUUAGGACAAAUUUACCCAAACUUUCCAAGAAUGAUGAUUAUCAAUAAUAUUGCAUAUUUCAAGAAUUUUUGGGACAAUAUACAGUAUUGUUAAUACAAAAUGGUCAUUGUGACAGGCCUACCAAAAAAAGUUUUUUUUGUUUGUUUCUUAAAGGAAUACCUUUUGACCAAGUGUUCUAUACUGUCAACAAAUUGAAGCUCAUAGCAACCAGUUGUAUUAUAUGUAAUACAAAUAUGUAAUUUGUGUAAUAAUGCUAAUUGCUAGCUACCUUUAGCUUUUAUCUGCUCCUUCAACGUGUUUUCUAUGGUUUUCUUUAAAGGAGAACUCCGGUGUAAAAUGGACUUUUGUUGUAGUAAAAACAUGAUAAAAGUACUUACCUUACCCUAAAGUAGCUCCACACUUCCUUGCUAGAAUCUGGAGAGCCCUGACAUUUAAAAUGAGGCAUUAAUAACUUAAAAAGUGCACAAGAAGCUUAUUAAAAAAACACUGUUUACAUGCCAUAAUGCUAGCUUCAGCUCCCAGCGCCGCCAUUACUGUACUGAUAAUAACAUAGACAUAUAUACAUAGACUCUGCAUAUAAUGCUAGCUUCAGCUCUGAGUGCCGCUAUCACUGUACUGAUAAUGACAUAGAUAUAUAGAUAGAUAUAUAUAUACAUAGACCCUGCAUAUAACGCAAGCUUCAGCUCCGUGCGUCGCCAUUACUGUACCAAUAAUAACAUAGACAUAUAGAUAGAUAGAUAGAUAGAUAGAUAGAUAGAUAGAUAGAUAGAUAGAUAGAUAGAUACAUAGACUCUGCAUAUAAUGCGUGCUUCAGCUCUGAGUGCCGCUAUCACUGUACUGAUAAUGACAAAGACAUAUAGAUAGAUAUAUAUAUACAUAGACUCUGCAUAUAACUCAAGCUUCAGCUCUGUGUGCCGCCAUUACUGUACCAAUAAUAACAUAGACAUAGAUAGAUAGAUAUAUAUACAUAGACUCUGCAUAUAAAGCGAGCUUCAGCUCCAAGCACCGCCAUCACUCUACUGAUAAUGACAUAAGACAUAUAAAUACAUAGACUCCACAUAGCCUGCCUCCUGGCGCCGGCUGCUAGCCUAUGCGCAGUCUAUGUAUAUAUAUAUAUGUCUAUGACAUUAUCAGUACAGUAAUGGCGGCGAUCGGAGCUGAAGCUAGCGUUAUGGGAUGUAAACAGAGGUUUUUAAUAAGCUUCUUGUGCACUUUUUAUAUUAUUGAUGUCUCGUUUUAAAUGUCAGGCCUCUCAGGAUUCUAGCAAGGAGGUGUGGAGCUACUUUGAGCUGGAUAACGGUGGAAAAAAUCGAUUUAUCGGGUCAAAUUAUGCCCCGUGUCGCCCAGUCUGAAGGGUGUUUGGACAAACUGAACGGAGGUGUGCUAUUCAUCAAAAAUAAAUACUUUUUAUCAUGUUUUACUACACCAAAAGUGCAUUUCACACAGAAGUUCUCCUUUAAUGCUACGUUUUAAUGGUAAUGCUAAUUCUAAUGCUACAGCACUUCUGUUAUAGGUUAUAGGGACCACUAUGGAAAUACUGUAUGGUGUAAUGGUUUAUGGAAACUACAGAUAUACUCCUUCGAAAGCUGUCAUCAUACACAGUUCCAGUCAGAGACAGGGAUUAACCUUCUGAACGCCACUGGACGCCAAUGGAUUUCCAGUAUUUACGAAAGAAAAAGUACUGGAACGCUUCCAACACCUACACGCUAAGCUCUUCUCCAUCUCCUGGGAUACAGUAGUCGCCAUGUAGUCGCUAAUAAAUCCAUUACAUCAUCGCGCCAGCACACUCUGCGACAUCACAACCCCUCCCCGGGGCAGAUGACAUCAUCUGUAGCUCAUGGGCUGAUGUGUGAUGAGCUCAGGAUUUGACUCACGGGGGGACGGGAUUGGAUUUGUCGUGACAUAAAAUAGACACAAAAUACUUUACAAAGUACUUAAACUCUCAGUUUGCACUAAUACACGUUGCCUCUAGACUUCUUGCAACGUCUGAGCAAAGCAAAAAAAAAAUGAGCACAGAACAGAAAUGUAUGUAUUAAACGUGGACGUCUUUGUUUUUAUUGAAAAAAGUAUUUGUCCCCUUACAGAUCAUACAAACUUUUGCUUUCGGAGCGUAUUUCUAAGUAAAGUUAAAGCUAAAGUUAAAGAUUAUCUCUGCUUUUAUUAAGAAGAUGGUGUGUACGCGCUGCCAAGAGAGGGUGCUUUUCAUGGCGGGGGUGCAGAUUUAGGCCCCACUAUAAUGCCGAAUUCAGCACCUCAGCCAGGAGCCUUGGGUAUUUUCAUUUUCUACAAAAAGUUAAAACCAAUGCUGCUGCACCAAGCCUUAGUGCUGGAGAAACUUCACUGAAAACUCACCCUUAUAAGGUGCCUUUACUGCUCCUUAAUACCUAAAUGCAUUUUAAGGCGCAAUGACGAUUUUUUGGUCAAAUUAAAGGAUUUUAAAUGCGCCUUCUAGUCUGAAAAAUUUGGUACUGACAUUUUGCUUCGGAAUUCAUUUGUUCCAUAAAUGAUGACAAGCCACCCUGGCAUAGAAUCCAAAUUUGUGAUACAACCACCACCACGUUUCACAGUUUUUUUCCAGUUUAAAUACUAAAAUAAUGUACAUUUCAGGUCUAAAUCUAUGGAUUCUAAUUAAUUUGAUUUCCUGUGAUUUCCUACAUGUAAAACCUUGGUUGUUGGGUCUAUAAAAACAAAUCAAGAUUCAAAGCUAAAAGUCAUGUCACUAGUGUUGUCAGCGAUUGUAUUGUUUAAUUGUGAAACCAAUCAGCUCUGAUGGUGCUUAAAAAUAUACAAAAGGACAAUACAGUACAAGUCAAAAGUUUGGACACGCCUUAAAUUCAGUGUUUUUUUUUUAUUUAUUAUUAAAAAAAAAUGUUCUGCACUACAGAUUAAUACUUAACUUAAUUAUUAAUCUGUAUUAAUCCAAACUAUGAAAAAGAAAAACAUAUGGAAUUAUUUGGUCAACAAAAAAAGUGUUAACAAACCAGAAUAUGUUUUAUAUUUUAGAUUAGAUUCAAAUGAA